AUGUCCCCAAGCCAUAUUCUGUUUGAGAGCAGUGCUGGUUAUUUAUUAUUGAAAUGCAACGCAAUUGACCAAGUUGCCAAUAAGUCCAAGCAAGUCCAAGAUCAAAUCAACGACUACCAUCACUUCUCAAAGAUGGUCAACAUUAUCUCCAUUUACCCUUUCACUGACGCUGCCGAGGCUUUAAACAACGCAAACGCCAUCUCUGAAGGUGAACUCACCGACCAGCUCAACUCAUUCCUUCAACAAAACUUACAAGGCGGCAGCAAGUCUGGUGUUGUCUUGGCCGUCUCCGAUAAAGCCUUAGCCACCUCCAUCAAAUCCCAAUUGAAAAUUGAAGGUGACGUCUCUGACUUGGCUUUGGAACUCAUUAGAGGUGUGCGUAUCCACGCUGAGAAGCUCAUCGAUGGUCUCUCUCAAGGCGACCUCCUCAGAGCUCAACUUGGUCUCGGUCACUCUUACUCGCGUGCAAAGGUCAAGUUUAACGUUAACAGAUCUGAUAACAUGAUUAUUCAAGCCAUUGCACUCGUCGAUCAACUCGAUAAAGAUGUUAACACUUUCUCCAUGAGAGCAAGAGAGUGGUAUGGUUGGCACUUCCCCGAAUUGGUUAAGAUUGUCCCAGACAACCACCAAUACGCUCUCUGUGCUAGGUUGAUCGGUGAUAAAUCUACUCUCACCGAGGAUCUCAUUCCUCAACUUAUGGAAAUCAUCGACGACGAUGAAACUCGCGCUAGAAACGUAAUCGACGCUGCUAGAUCUUCAAUGGGUACUGAUAUUUCCCCAAUCGAUCUCAUCAACAUUAAAAACUUUGCUGAUAGAGUCGUUGGUCUUUCUCAAUAUAGGAAGAACCUCCACGCUUACCUUCUCGAAAAAAUGCACCUCGUAGCUCCAAACUUAUCUGCACUCAUAGGUGAAUUCGUUGGUGCAAGACUCAUCUCACACGCUGGUUCCCUUACAAACCUCUCCAAGUACCCUGCAUCAACUGUCCAAAUUCUCGGUGCAGAGAAAGCACUCUUUAGAGCACUUAAAACUAAAGGUAACACUCCAAAGUAUGGUCUCCUUUACCACGCUUCUGCUAUCGGUAGAGCUGCUCCAAAGAAUAAGGGUAGAAUUUCUAGAUUCCUCGCUAACAAAGUUACAAUCGCUUCAAGAAUUGAUUGCUUCAGUGAUGCUCCAACUACUAAAUUCGGUGAAGCUCUCAAAAAUCAAGUUGAAGAAAGAUUACAAUUCUACGAAUCCGGUCAAGCUCCUUCAAAGAACACGGAUGUCAUGAAGAAAGCUCUCGAUGCUAUUGCUGCCGAUAUGGAUCUCGAAGAUGAAGAAGAUAGCGAUGAUGAAAAGAUGGAUGAAGAUGCCAAACCAAAGCAGUCAGAGGAAGAUAAAAAGGCUGCUGAGAAAGCCGCAAAGAAAGCCGCCAAAGCUGCUAAAAAGGAAAACAAGGAGGACAACCUAGACCAAGACGAUGCAGACGAAAAGAAGAAGGAAAAGAAAGAUAAGAAGAAGAGAAAGUCUGAAGUUGCAGAAGAAUCGACUGAAGCUCAAGAAUCUCCAAAGAAAGAAAAGAAGGAUAAAAAGCGCAAGAGUGAAGGUGGUGAAACCAAAGAGGAGAAAAAGGCACGUAAGCGAGCCAGCAAAGGUGGAGCUGAGUAA